AUAACCUCAAAAAAUUGACAUUUCGAUCGAAACAUUGUUUUGGAGUAUAAAAUGCUGAAUAUUUAGAUUUUAAUACAAAAAUUACAGCAUACUGUUACAUAAAAAUGGCUCUUAUUAGACGAUGUGUGCCUCUGUUCUCAAAAACAGCAAAACUUAUACCUGUUUCCACGCCAGUGCAAAGAAUACACAGAUGGGUGGCUCCUACAUUGAGGGAGUUAAAGAAACGUGAAGAUAAACUUGGAGGGAAAGUAACCAAUCCUAGAAAUACCUUCUUAGAAUGGAACCUGGAAGCCGAAAUAUACGCGUUUGGAAAGCGUCUGAACGAGGAUUUUGACCAGGAUCUUCUGCUGCAAGCCUUCACAGACCGUUCUUAUGUGAUCAAGGAGGAGAUGAAGCAAAAAGAGAUGGAGAUUGAUAUUAAAAUGAAGGACAACAAAACACUGGCAGAGGAAGGUGAAAAGUUUAUGAAAGAGUACAUUCAGCUGUACUUAGAAGCAGUACUACCAAAGUUCCCCAUGGAGGGCAUAGCAGGGAUCAAACAGCAUCUGAUGAGUGAAGCUACUCUCUCUCAUGUGUCCCAGCAUUUGGGCACUAAAGACAUUAUUCUGGCUGCUGAAUACCCAGUGGAUAACUACACCCUAGCAAAAGCACUGAAGGCCAUCAUUGGAGCAUUGGUCAAAUCGUCAGGGGAAGAAAGCGCCGCCCACUUCGUAAGGGACUUUGUCAUCACACAACUGCAAGGCCAAGACGUGAACGAGUACUGGCACAUUGAGGACCCGUGGAGUAUGCUGACGGGUCUGCUAUCCAACCAGGGUGUGCAGGUAGAGCCCCGGCUGAUCGGGGAGACUGGGAAACACACGCUGCUGGCUUGCUACAGAGUCGGGCUCUACGUUGAUAAGAAGAUGAUCUCCUCUGGAUUCGGCGAAACAGUAGCGACUGCUAAAGAAAUGGCAGCGAGAGAGGCGCUCAAGAAGGUAUUUGGCACGGAAGAUAGCAUGAAGCCUAUCAACUUCCAGUUACAAGGGAUGCCCAAAGCCCAGUCCGAUGCGCGAUAUCAAAUAUCUGCUAGUUAAAAUUAUCUUUAUGUAGAGUAGUAUAAGGAUUAUAUUAGUUUAUUAAAAGAUUUCGUUUCUA